UAGGAUUCAUGGAGGCUGCUCUGACACACAACGGAACUGCCUAACUAAUAUGAAAUUCAAACUUUCAUCUUUUCUUUCAUCGACAAAUGUUUCAAGAAUCGAUAGAUAUCUUUAAGCUGUUUUGCGUAUUAUACCAAGCUAGCUGUUUGGAAAAACAAGGGAGAUUUGCUGUCCUGGGGUUUGCUUGCUAGUUAGCUAGUUAGCUAGCAGGCGAUGAAUCAAGUUGACCAUCUGAAGGAUGAUGACGCCGGAGAUAACGACGACCCAGCAGAUAGUCGAGAAGAGAUGAGCGACAAUAAUGUAGUAGCGUUAGUCAACAAUAACAGUAACGUCGGUCGACGAAAGGCCGUUUCCCCAGGAGCAGGAGAACACCCGCUCCAGUACAACUACACCUUCUGGUACUUCCGCCGUACACCCAGUCGUCCUGCCAACAGCCAGAGUUAUGAGCAGAGCAUCCGUCAGAUAGGCACUGUGGCCUCGGUUGAACAGUUCUGGAAGUUCUACAGUCACCUGGUGCGGCCAGGGGACCUGACAGGUCACAGUGACUUUCAUCUGUUCAAGGAGGGCAUCAAGCCCAUGUGGGAGGAUGAGGCAAAUAAGAAUGGGGGGAAAUGGAUCAUCCGCUUGCGGAAGGGGCUGGCCUCACGCUUCUGGGAGAACAUCAUCCUGGCAAUGCUGGGGGAGCAGUUCAUGGUGGGAGAGGAGAUCUGCGGGGUGGUGGUGUCCGUCCGCUUCCAGGAGGACAUCCUUUCGAUUUGGAACAAGACGGCCAAUGACCAAGUGACCACUUCGCGCAUCCGGGACACACUCCGUCGCAUCCUCAACUUGCCUCCCAACACCAUAAUGGAGUACAAAACCCACAAUGACAGCCUCAGGGACAAUUCCAGUUUCCGCAACACAAAGAUGACAUUGUGAUUGAGCCCAGGGAGAAAAGAGGGGGGGAGAUGGAUGCAUAUACCGCCUUCUCUCUCUUCCCAGUAAUGGUUCUUGUCUUGGAAAUCAGUUACUACUAAAUCAAAGAAGUGAAUGAGCCAUGCCAUUCAAGGAGAGAGCAAGAGACAGACUAUUCACUGGGGAACCACUGAGAUGGACUGUGAUUACAGUGGUCUGCCACACAGCUUCACACAGGCAUUUUUAGCUAUUCUUACAGUGUUGGAGAAUCCGUUUACUUGAAUUUUAUUUUUUUUGUGUGAUAUUUCUUUAAUCAGCAUGUAUAUAACAUUUAUGUGUACACUCCUCACAAGUUUUCCUUUUCUGUAUGGUCCAGUGGUCAAGUUUUUACUGGUCUUGGUACACCUAGUUCACCUAGUAUAAAUCAGUUAACAGUUGCACUUUCCUACAGGUUUAGUCAGGAGAAAUUAAGGUUCUUGAAGGUUCUUUUGAACUCAGGGUAGUAUCAUGAAAACUGGUGUCAGUGCCUCUCACUUUGGUCAAUUGGAGUCAUUACUGUUUUAUUCAGGGUGAUAUAUUUUGUGUUUAUUAUGAUUGGGAUAUCAGUGUUAUAAAAUAAGGUAUAAGGUUUUGAGCUUAAUUUGAAUGUGCAUCAUGAAUUUAUGUCUAUCAGGUUACAGGACAUACAGAAGAUGACUAUCAAAAUGGCAUUUUAGAUAGAUGGUAAACCACUGUGCAGUCCACCAGGCCCACAUUGAAAUGAACUGUACAUGACCAUUUUGUACACAUUUGCUAUAUGAUGUAUCCAAUUAAUGUAUUUGUAAAUUUCACCUUUUUAAAACAUUCUGUCAGUGGCAACGAUGUUGCAUAUGAAUCGAAUAGAAAAAUCGGAUUAUUGAAGGGUAUACUGCGAUGCAUGAUCAAGAUUGUGACAUUAUAGUUUCCGCCACAGGGGGGCAGAAUUGGUUCUUAGUGUGCUUCAUGCGUUAAAGCAUAUAAUUGGCAAUUUAUAGCCAGUGAUGCCGAAAACCAGAUAUUGUUUAACUGUAUUUAAAUAAAUCAAAGUAUGAUUUGACAGUGUGACGAUUUGUCUGGCGACAACACAUUGGGUACACGAAGACUUUUUUUUUUACUUUUUUUCUGCCAGAGUGAGAAAUGUAUUUUGUAGCAGCUUAGUUAAGAGCAUUUUAAACAAUAAAUAAAAUUAAAAACGGUGUUAGACCUGAUCUGAAGCGAAGUUGUCCUCCACUUGUCGAAACAACCUGGACGUUUCAUGGCAUUGGAUAUGUUGUCUUCGUGUUGGUACAUGCGUAUUGCGAAAUAAAAAGCGAAACAAAAGACGAGGCUUGGUGAUUGAAGGUAGCGACCAUAACGGAAGUAAAAAAUAUAUAUACAUAUAAUUCCCCAUCUUGAUGGGAGGAAAGUCUUGUGUAAAAGUCUAUUUGUAAAGCUACAUAUCUUUGAGGUUAAGAUUUGCUGGAUUUUUCUAUUUUUUUAAGUGGAAGUAUAGUCCUGGAGGUCUACAGUCAGCGCCAAUUUCGGAAAGAAGAAGGGAAUUAUCAAAACACAAUAACAAAUAUUC